AUGGCUUCCAAAUCUAAGGAGGGUCAGUCAUCAGGUGGCUUUCACCAGGAGUACAUCGCAUCCCUCCGCUAUCGCAAUGAUCUGCCUCCCCCAGAAAUGCCCCCCAAGUUCCUUGACAUCCCACACGAGGGCUUGAGUCGCUUCCUCACCCCCGGUUUUGCCUCAAAUCUGGCGCGCCGUGAGGAGCCCAACAUUGAAGUCGAUGCCGAAGGUGGGAUGCCAAUUGACCUUGUCGGUAUUCCGGGGUUACAUUUGGGCGACGAGAGUGCUAUUAUGGCACCUGAGAAUCCUCAGCCCAUGGACCCCGCUGACCUUCCCCUUCUCAUGACUAUCGAGCAACUCCGCAACCCUGCCCCCAGGAAUACCAAUGUCAGUUUCCUCCGCCGUACACAACACAUCGGUGUCGACCGCAGUGCGGGAGAUGGAUCACGCCCUGCACCCAUUAAACCACAAUCACGCACUGCGAAGAAAGGGAAACCUCCUGUGGAUGACCCAAAACAUGUUAAGAAGUUCAUCCAAAAAGGAUUUGAUAUCGCCUACCCCCAGAGCAAGCACUCUGGAGACGACACUGAUAGCCACAUCCGCGGUCUUCCCCCCACAAAGGCAGAACUUAAUGCCUGGGCUAAUCCCGUUCACCCUGAAAACCCGAAAUUGAAGCCAGUCGGUUUCUUCCCUGUGAUGCCUGAUCUGGAAGGGUUCCCAGACCCUGGUGGUUACCUUCAAUUCAAGUUUGAUAAGGCGCCUUUGGCAGCCGUCGCAGGCAAGCGGGACAAGCGUAUGGAUGUUGGUAUCCUGACACCAGUCGCGCCCGAGCAGCGCGUUUGCAUGGAGCACGAAUCUAAACUGAAUCUUCACCACACGAACCCUGUUCUUUACGCCCACCCGGGCCCAGUCCCUUAUGACUACCAACUCUUCCUUCCAGAGAAGCCACAAUCCGUUAAGAACAUUGACGCUAGCAUGAACCUGUCCAACCCAAAUCGAGACAGCGAAGAUCUCUACACCAACGAGAGCGCCGAGGGCAACAAGUUCCACCGCUAUGAUCGCAUUCGCACUUACGCCACCAGUGCUCAGGUCUUCAACACUGAGCAAAAGGACAUCGCUUUGACGCUAUUCGAACCCAAGAAUGGCGACGCCAGACAGUUGGCCGCUUACUACUAUCCAAUUUCAGGCAAGGCCCGCCUCAAGCCGGAGCGUGCUCGCACUAUCGCCCAGGCCGGUCUCGCUCCAACUUCCACGCAACAGGAAGAGAUCGAGGAACGGAUUGACCAGAUGCAGAUAGUCAUGCGUGACCCCAACGAGGCUGAAGUCUACAAGCGUGCUUUGACCCGUCUGCGUAUCGAUCCGAAGUUUGCAAGCAAUAUGCCACCCGAGCCCGUUGUCCAGGAAGAGGAGCAACCGUUGGAGAACGAAGGGACAGAAAAGUCAGCCGAUGAGGAUGCUCGCAUGAGCGAUGACGAAUAG